AUGCUAUCGUUAGAGCGUUCCGCGGCACCUAGCCUGCUGGAAAUACUUCUCGCAGCAUGCAACCCAGCAUCGAACAUCGCCUUUGGUGACAUUUCUUGUGGCAGCUCGCAAGAUGAGGGUGCUCGGUGCGCAAUUCCUGAAGGCGGCCCUGACGACCACGGCGCCUGGGAGCUUGUGGCUACACCGCUGCAGCAGUUCCGCUUGCGAUCCUUCAGGGACCCGAAGUCCCAGACCUUCAUCGGAUGCCUUUGCCUCUCCUCCUAUGCGGACGAAUGGGCAUCGGUAGCAGUGCGGUACGAUGGCAAGGGUGAGAAGCUGGAUCUUGUGGUCAAUGGAAAAGUCUGCUGCCAGGCAGACAAAAGCACCGAGCCGUCCUGGUCGGAUGCUGCACUUAGACAGAGUACAUUGGUGCAUUUGGGCAUGGUUCCGGGCUCCGUGCGACCCGGAGCUGCUGCGGAGGUCCACGCAGUGCAACUCUGGGAGAGCGCACUGACUGAUCCCGACCUAGACCACCUGGUGGCUCAUUUCUCCCAUGUGAUGGCAUGGUCGAAGGCUGCGGAGGGUGUGCCGAUGAUAUCAUCUCCAACGAAAGAGGCGUCACAAGCCUGGCAGCGUGCAGGGCUCUCUGCGAUGCGAGGAAGAGCUGCAAGUCUGUCCAGUUCCAGCAGCACACGGGGAUCUGUGAGCUGCGCAGCACUGCGGCUUGCACGAGGGCCGAAGGCUGUGC